CCCCGCAGUUGCCGAGGUGUUCGAGCUCCUGUCUUCUUGCCAGCGCCGCCGGGAUGGCCUCCCAGAACCGCGACCCAGCCGCUGCCAGCGUCACCACCACCCGGAAAGGAGCCGAGCCUAGCGGGGGCGCCGCCCGGGGCCCUGUGGGGAAGAGGCUACAGCAGGAGCUGAUGACCCUCAUGAUGUCUGGUGACAAAGGAAUUUCUGCCUUCCCUGAGUCAGACAACCUUUUCAAAUGGAUAGGGACCAUCCAUGGAGCAGCUGGCACAGUGUAUGAAGAUCUGAGGUAUAAACUCUCCCUGGAGUUCCCCAGUGGUUACCCUUACAACGCACCCACCGUGAAGUUCCUCACGCCCUGCUACCACCCCAACGUGGACACCCAGGGUAACAUCUGCUUGGACAUCCUCAAGGAUAAGUGGUCAGCCCUGUAUGACGUCAGGACCAUCUUGCUGUCCAUCCAGAGCCUGCUAGGAGAACCCAACAUCGACAGCCCUUUGAACACACAUGCUGCCGAGCUCUGGAAAAACCCCACAGCUUUUAAGAAGUACCUGCAAGAAACCUAUUCAAAGCAGGUUUCCAGCCAAGAGCCCUGACCCCAGCUGUCCAGCCUCUCUUUGUGUCGUCUUUGUAUUUUUAGGUGGUCUGUCCUUUUCCUUGAUUUCUGUAUGGACUCUGUCUUCAUCUGUGGUGUUAUUUUUGUUGUUUUUUUAAAUUAAGUCUACUUGAGCCCUUGCAAUGUACAUUAAAUAAAUGUUUUGAUUGUUUUGUACAAAG